UUAAAUUUAAUGAAUGUUUUGUUACUACUUUUGGCAAAUUUUAACAAACAGACUAAAUCAAACGUAACGCGUCGCUAUACCUCGCGCAUAGCUUAGUGUGUAUUUCCUGAGCUCUGCAGCAGUGAGUGUGUGAGUGUCGGGUAAAUAGGCGCUCGUGCUGUGAUGGGGGGAUGGGAUGGGGCCACUUAGAGCUCUCGUGCUCCACUAACUCAGCGCGCUCAUUAAUCGCAGUUUUCUCCUCUAUAUCGAUGCUGUUUUAAAAUAAAAUUCAUCUUUCCCGUUACCGCAUGUGUUACGAGGCAUCAGAAGAGCAAAAAGUGUCGGCCUGCGAUUGAAUUUUGGUGCAGAAAGCGUUUAAAAUGUAUCCCAUUGGAGCAGCUGGUGCUGCUGAGCUGUGUCAGUCCUCAGGGUCAGAUGUUUCUGCUCCCGUGUCUCCUCCAGCACCAGAGUAUGUCUUCAAACCACCUCAACGGCCAGACUUUGGCACAAUGGGCAGAACAAUCAAGCUUCAGGCCAACUUCUUUGAAAUGGAAAUUCCCAAGUUGGAGGUGUACCAUUAUGACAUAGACAUCAAGCCUGAGAAAUGCCCACGGAGAGUUAACCGUGAAAUUGUUGAGCACAUGGUCCAGCACUUUAAGACGCAGAUCUUUGGAGAUCGAAAGCCUGUGUAUGAUGGAAGGAAGAAUCUCUACACUGCCAUGCCUUUACCCAUUGGAAGAGACAAAGUGGAGCUGGAGGUCACAAUUCCAGGGGAGGGAAAAGACAGGAGCUUUAAAGUAGCUAUAAAGUGGGUGUCAUGUGUGAGUCUGCAAGCUCUACAUGAAGCACUGUCUGGACGGCUACCAAACAUCCCUUUUGAGACCAUUCAGGCUCUGGACGUUGUCAUGAGACAUUUGCCCUCUAUGAGGUACACCCCAGUCGGACGUUCGUUCUUCACUCCUUCUGAGGGCUGCUCCAACCCCCUCGGCGGAGGAAGAGAAGUUUGGUUUGGUUUCCAUCAGUCUGUUCGACCAUCCCUCUGGAAGAUGAUGCUCAACAUUGAUGUGUCCGCCACUGCAUUUUACAAAGCUCAACCCGUGAUUGAGUUCAUGUGUGAGGUUUUGGAUUUUAAAAGCAUCGAAGAGCAACAGAAGCCCUUAACAGAUUCCCAGAGAGUGAAGUUUACCAAGGAGAUUAAAGGUUUGAAGGUUGAAAUAACUCACUGUGGACAGAUGAAGAGGAAAUAUAGGGUUUGUAAUGUGACUAGGAGACCAGCAAGCCAUCAAACGUUUCCCUUGCAGCAAGAGAAUGGUCAGACCAUUGAAUGCACUGUCGCACAGUACUUCAAGGAUAAGUACAAACUGGUGCUGCGAUACCCACAUCUCCCGUGUUUACAAGUUGGUCAGGAGCAGAAACACACCUACCUUCCGCUGGAGGUCUGUAACAUAGUAGCCGGACAGAGAUGCAUCAAGAAACUGACAGACAAUCAGACCUCCACUAUGAUACGUGCCACAGCCAGGUCUGCGCCUGACCGUCAGGAUGAGAUCAGCAAACUGAUGAGAAGUGCCAACUUCAACACCGAUCCUUAUGUGCGUGAGUUUGGAGUCAUGGUAAGAGACGAGAUGACUGAGGUCAAUGGUCGGGUCCUUCAGGCACCUUCGAUUCUCUAUGGUGGAAGGAACAAAGCAAUAGCAACCCCAGUCCAGGGUGUGUGGGACAUGAGGAACAAGCAGUUCCACACAGGGAUUGAGAUCAAAGUGUGGGCUAUUGCCUGCUUUGCCCCACAGAGGCAGUGUACAGAACUCCUUCUGAAGGCGUUCACUGAUCAGCUUCGUAAAAUCUCACGUGAUGCUGGGAUGCCCAUUCAGGGCCAGCCGUGUUUUUGCAAAUAUGCCCAGGGAGCAGACAGUGUGGAGCCCAUGUUCAAACACCUCAAGUACACUUACCAAGGCUUACAGUUGGUGGUGGUUAUCCUACCUGGGAAGACCCCUGUUUAUGCUGAGGUGAAGCGUGUUGGAGACACUGUUCUUGGCAUGGCCACGCAGUGUGUCCAGGUGAAGAAUGUACAGAAGACCACACCUCAGACCCUUUCCAACCUCUGCCUCAAGAUUAAUGUCAAACUGGGUGGAGUCAACAACAUUCUUCUUCCACAGGGCAGGCCCUUGGUGUUUCAGCAACCAGUCAUCUUUCUGGGUGCAGAUGUGACUCAUCCACCAGCUGGAGAUGGCAAGAAACCCUCAAUUGCUGCUGUAGUUGGCAGUAUGGAUGCCCACCCAAGCCGAUACUGUGCCACGGUGCGAGUGCAACAGCAUCGUCAGGACAUCAUUCAGGAUCUGGCCACCAUGGUGAGAGAGCUGCUCAUCCAGUUCUACAAAUCCACACGCUUCAAACCAACGCGCAUAAUCUACUACAGAGAUGGCAUCUCGGAGGGCCAGUUCAACCAGGUUCUACAGCAUGAACUACUGGCUAUCCGUGAGGCCUGCAUCAAACUAGAGAAAGAUUAUCAACCAGGAAUCACAUUUGUAGUAGUGCAGAAGAGACAUCACACCAGGCUCUUCUGCAUGGACAGGAAUGAACGGGUUGGAAAGAGUGGCAACAUCCCUGCUGGCACCACAGUUGACACCAAAAUUACUCACCCAUCUGAGUUUGACUUUUAUCUUUGCAGUCAUGCCGGAAUUCAGGGAACCAGCAGGCCAUCCCACUAUCACGUGCUGUGGGAUGACAACCAUUUCACCUCUGAUGAGCUGCAGGUCCUCACAUACCAGCUGUGCCACACCUACGUGCGCUGCACCCGCUCUGUCUCCAUUCCUGCACCAGCCUAUUACGCCCACCUGGUGGCAUUCCGUGCCCGUUACCACUUGGUUGACAAAGAACAUGACAGUGCUGAAGGCAGUCACACAUCAGGUCAGAGUAACGGCAGAGACCAGCAAGCCCUGGCCAAAGCUGUGCAGAUCCACCAGGACACACUGCGCACCAUGUACUUCGCCUGAACAUAGCCAGAAACAAGCCCCACAUCCUGAAAACAGCACGGUGGUGUGUGUGUGUGUGCGUGUGUGUAUUUUUAUGUGUUUGCCUCAUUUGUAUAAUGAGAACCUUCAAAUGGGGAAAAAAACAAGAAUCGCCAUGCUGUUAGGUUUCCAAUUGCCCAUGUAGUCAAUUUCCAAACAUCCUAAAUAUCCAUGAAUUUUAGAACUGUAACUUAUUAAUUUAUCUUUUUCUUUUUUUUCUUUUUUUUUAGUUUGGUGGGCAUGGUUGUGUAUCUGUUGUUCAUGUGCAUGCCAGAUUAGAGGUUAACAUGUUUACAUAGUCAAUCCAAAAAUUCAGACUAUUUUUUACACUGAAAGCUACAUUUGCAUCCGGGUGGGCUUGAUUCAGUACUAUUGCCAAGGCUGGUGAUGGAGACUGUUGAACAGUAGUUCUUACAAACUCAUCAAACCAAUGGAUUCGGGUUAGUUUAGGACAACACAGAUCAGGUUAAGGGGUUGUGGGGAUGCAGUUUCCACAGCUAAAUUAUUUAUCAGCAAAAGCAAGUGCACUGACCAGAAGAGAACUUCAGGACAAAAGUACUUAUCCUGUUUUGUUUCAUUUAUUUGUGCUAAUAUAAAUUUUUUUUUAUCGUGGUGUCAUUUAUUGUUUUGUCAGGGCUCAGUCAACCUACUGUACCUGUCCGUGUCCGCCAAUGGCAUGAUUAACCAAGUGCUAUCAUGUGCUUGUGUCAGAAACACAGUGAGUGCAGAAUCAAGAACGCAUUUGAAAGUGAGAAUGUAGGAAUUGUUCUGACAAUCAGUUUUCUGGCACUCUUGCCGCUCAUUUGAGGCUGGUUCUCAUCAGUGACGCCCUCCGUUUACCUGUGACAGGGUUCUCGGUGCAGAAAUAGCUUUGUAAUAUGGAUAAUUGUCCUGUAAAGUACUAAUAUUUUGGGACUCCAAGCAUUUAGAUUAUGAGAUUAUCUUGUACGUACUUUAAAUUCUGCUGCCAUGAGCAUUUCUGAUUUGUCAGAUGUGAUUGUAACAAGGUUUCGGUGAAUGGGUGUAUGAGUUAUAUUUCCUUCACAUCAAAAUUAGAUCACAUUUUAAGCACCUAUUGUGAAAUUUGUAACUUUAACGUUGUCAAAAAUAUUCCCCACAUCGAAACAUGAGGCAGUUUUGUGCUGAAUAUUGGGGAAUCUGGUUCUGUGUGCCGUUUCCAACGGUGAAGUUUGACUGUACUAUGCUGACUAGGUUUAAACACUGUCGUCGCACUCCAGCUUUACAGGCAAUCAAGACUUUUUAAGAUUAGUACAGAUAUCAGUUGCAUUGUUCACAGAGACACAACGAGGUCAGUGAAAAUUUCAUACAAAUUUCUAAUGCACCUUAGUUUUUUUUGUUUUUGUUUUUUUUGUUUUUUAAAUCUCUAGCUACCAUUGCCAUGAGAAUAUUUCCGAUCCCUUUUUAAAACUUUUUUUUUUUCUUUUUAGAUAUAUAAACCUAAAUCGUGUGAAAUUCCUUUUGUAGAGUCACAGGGUUGGCGAGUGGUCGUUAGCUUUUUAUUGUUUAACCGAACAGGAACAUUUAUUUAGUGUGAAUUGAUCCAGACUUAGUUCAAAUUGAAGCGCAAUACAUUGUAUAUGUGUCGGUAAACUGUUUUCAUGUAAACAGUCUUAUGCCUUCUAAAGCAUAUCAUGAUGUGUAGUGUAGUUGAUCUAUUGAGUCUUGUUAGUUAAUUAACUGUAAGAUCACUUCCCCAAAAUAAUGUUUCAAUUUUAACUUGAAAUUCUUGGGAAUUUUUAACCAUCUUUUUCUAACUAUGCAUUCUUAACCAAGAGAUUUUAGUGGUAUGUUUGUGUAUAUGAAUUAUGAAUUUAGAACAUUUGUAAUGUAGUCGUUUUCAUGCUGGGUACUUUUAGUAGUGUAAAUAGUGCAAAACCUGUACCCACUGUAGCAGUAUUAGCUUACAAAAUACUCUAUUUUUAUUAUCAACAAUUGGAUGUUCUUUAUAUGGCUCUCAAUUAUUCCUGUUAGCCGAACAAGAUUACAUAUGUACUUGUAGUUAAUGUCCUACCAUAACUGAAGCACAACAGGACAUUAUAAUUGUAGGUGCUAGAGUUUAUUCUUGAGACUACCAUUUUUUUUUUUUUUUUUUUUCUUGUUAUAUCUUGUUUAACUUCACCUUCUAAACAAGAAUCAUAGACUGGUCAGAGAGCAUAAUGGGUAUGUUUGGUUUUCGAUCUGGUGAAAUCUAUGACAUUUGACCCUGCAACUUUUUGCCAUUUUCUAAACCCAACAGACUGUUUAAGGGGCAUUUUAAUUUAUCUUCAAAUACUUGACUAGAGUUAUGGUAUUGUUUGGCGCUGGUCUCGUAACUCGUGAAAGUAGAUGCACUUUGAAGAGCAAUGGACACAUACCCCUAGUUCCGGUGGUUAUCUGGAUCAUAAGUACGUUAUCUGGGUGCAGUUGUGUGGAAAUGACUAGAUGUCCUACCUCUUGUUACCUGUUACUUGUGUUAUGGUAACAUUACCGCACUGGUCAUUUCCUCAUAAUUGCAUUAGUGGGGAACGUCGUCUUUUCGUCCCUCUGAAAGUGAAAGUUGUAGAAAAUCUAUUCAUAUUUGUUCAGAGGCCAUACCUGCUGCCAUUUUGCCGAGAUUAUUUAGCAUUGCUAUUGUUUUAUGGUAGUUUUAAGCUAUGUAUUCAAAGCUAAAGUUGAGUGCUGCGAGUUUGAGAUGUCAAACAUUUGAUGUUUCAUAAGUCAUACAUGAAUUCAAAAGAAUAGUAUAUACUUUCAGUGAUUAAGUGGCUUAAGGCAUUACAUGUUCGCCAUAAGCUAUAAAAAUGCUCAUGAAUUUAUAGUGUGAAUUCCAGUUUUACCAUUUUCUGUCCUUUCAAUUGCAGCGCAUUGUCGCUUUAUCCUUGUACUCAUUUGAAUGUGCGUCACGUAGCUUUCAUGUUUUUCUUAACUUUAGGUUUGAAUAAUAGUAUUUAUCAUUUAGCAUCAGAAAGAUGAGGUGAAAUAAUUGCUAAAACUACUACUACUCUGGACAAUCUGAUUUUUUGUUAGAAACCAUUCUUUUCAUCCUCAUGGCAUGCUUUAGUUAGAUGUUUGCAGAAGUUACUGAGUUUUUAGUAUUUUAACCUUUUUAAAAUCAGCACCUUAGUCAAAGGUCUACAACAUAUGCAAUUUCUCAUAUAUGAAAUACGAGAUGUUUUUGCACUAUAUCAGAAGAGGUGUUACUAAUUUGCAUGCUGGUGGACAGAUUGUAAGGUUAGAGAAAAGAACCAUCAAUUUUAGACUAGUCUUGGCCUUGUUUCUUUGUUCAUAUACAAUCACAUUGGCACUAAUCUCUUAAUAGUUGACAGACGUGAGAAGGUCUUGAGUUCUUACACCUAUGCAAAAACUCAUUUCCAUUCUGAGCAGCCACUGUUUUUAUAUAUGGGGGUCAAAUUGUUAGAUUUUUUUUGUCUGUAAAAUCUGUCAGGCAUACCAAAUUGAGUUAGGGACUUUGAGUGAACCCAAGUCCCAUUUGUUUUUUUGUUUUAAUUUACAUUGUUCACUAUACAAUCAACUGACUUUUUUUUUUUUUUUUUUUUUUUUUUUUUUUAAUGAGAACAUAAGGAAUCUGAUGCAAAUGUUUAAUAAAAAUAAUUCCGUUCAAAUAUCAUGAAUGCAAAUGUAAUAGAGGCCAAGGAUGAAUGAAGUACGCUGCUGUUGCGUUAAUCUAUGCUGCAGCAUCUCUGUUUCAGAUUUAAAGAGGCAUAUAGUGUUAACUGAGAAUUGAAAUGGUGCCUCAAUUUCCCUGGAAGCUUUGAAUUAUCUACCGAUGUUAUGACAUUAACAUUUAAUGGAUGUCUCUUGUGUCAUCAUUUCUAGAGUAUUCUCUUUUGCUGCUUGAGUGAAGCUUGUAUAUUGCUUGGCAAAGUCUUUCCAGCUCUGUGUGGGGUUACAGUGUCCACGUCUCUUCGUUUUACAUGUUAUGGUUUGAAUAAAACUAGUCAGUUUAGCUUUGAUUCUUAGUUUGUGCCCCAACAACUUUCAGAUUUGAAUUUUCAAGACAAUUUUAUUCAUUUCAGACAAAAAAAAAAAAAAAGUCUCCCUAAAAGAAUUGUGCCCCCCCAGCUUGAGGUGGUCUUUUAACCUAUAGAGAUAUAUUGCUAAUGUAUUUGCAUUAGAACUUUGCACUAUAGUGUUUUUAAGCAGAAAUGUAAGCCUCUCUUUACAUACCGUGGUAGUUUUGUUACUGUACUCAUUGCUUUUUAAAUUCCUAAGGUGGCAAGUUUCAAAGAUGCUACUUUAUGACCUGCUAAAACCAUAAUGAGACAAACGAACAGUUUGAAUGUACUUCAUACACCUGCAUACUGGUAAAGAACAUCCACAUUGCUUUUAUCCGUUUGCUCCAGUUUGUUUUAUGCAUGCGCAUUUAAAGGGUUAGUUCACCCAAAAAUGAAAUUUGUCAUUACUCACCCUCAUGUCGUUUCAAGACCUUCGUUCAUCUUCAGAACACAAAUUAAGAUAUUUUUGAUGAAAUCCGAGAGCUUUCGGACUCCUCCAUAGACAGCAAUAUAACCACCACAUUCAAGAUCCAGAAAGGUACUAAAGACAUCUUUAAAACAGUCAACGUGACUGCAGUGGUUCAACCUUAAUGUUAUGAAGCGACGAGAAUACUUUUUGUGCGCAGAAACAAAAUAAUGACAUUAUUCAACAAUAUCCUCUCUUCUGUGUCAUUCUCUUACGCGGUUUACGUCAGAACACCAACUCAUUAUUGGCCGGCUCCUGCAUCAGCAUCACACACGUGUCGUGCUGCUCAUGUGAACAGCGCCGGCCAUUUUUACGUAGAACCUGGAAGCGCUGCACUGAGUUCACUACAUCAACAGCAUAUGACAAUCAAAUUGUUAAUAAAGUAGUUAUUUUUUUGUUUUUGCAUACAAAAAGUAUUCUUGUCGCUUCAUAACAUUAAGGUUGAACCACUGCAGUCACAUGGGCUAUUUUAACGAUGUCUUUAGUACCUUUCUGGACCUUGAAAGUGGUGGUUAAACGACGAGUCAGAUAUCUCUCGGAUUUCAUCAAAAAUAUCUUCAUUUGUGUUUUGAAUAUGAAGGUCUUACAGGUUUGGAACGACAUGAGGGUGAGUAAUUAAUGACCGAAUUUUCAUUUUUGGGUGAACUAACCCUUUAAAGCAGCAUUGAAUCAUUUUAUCCAUGCAUAUUUUGAACUGUAUCUCACCAUUCAUGGUUGUGAUGUGCUAGAUUAACCGAGAUGAAGUGGCAACAUUUUAGGCAGUCGAUUCAGAAAACACACUGGCACAAAGAUCCAUGUAUCGCUGACGUUUGUGGUGCUGUACUGUAAAAAGUGUACAUAAGGCAAUUUUUGGGUGUUUCAUGUUUUUUUGCCGUGUACUGCUUGUAUGUUUGCCAGAAGUUUCAUCCAAAGGGUUUUUGAGAGAUACUAUAAUACCCAUGUUCAUAUAUCAACACAAUAAGCCAAAUUCACUGUUUUGAAGCCCUUUUGCUUUACCAGCAAACACUCUGUGGUGGUCCCGUAAUCAUGACAGUGGUACUUGCUGAGCCUCAGUUCAUUGUGUGCACAAACUAAACCUCUUCUCAGAUUCAUUACAGGUCAGUUGCCAUUCAGCUUGAUGAUUUAUUGGGGCAUGACGGCAUACAAGUGUUUCGAAACACUUUUUUGGAUUUCUUCCCCCCCUUCUAAGUUCUAAACUAGUUAGUCUAAAAUGACCAAAAUUGAAGCAUGUGAGGGAUAAAGUAUUCUGUUAAAAAGAGCACAGUUCCAUUAGUUCAUUACAUGCUAAUAUGUUAUUUAUUCAAAUAUGAGCAUGCAUGUAUGAUAAUUAAAAUAGGGUCUUGAGACUGAUUUAUCGGAAUAAUUGAGAGCUUCAUCAUGACCUGGCUUUUUAAACCAACUUUAAAAACUACCUCAAUAGUGUCAGGUGCUAACAUUUAAAAUAUCCCUUAUACAUAUAUGUAUAUGUGCUCAUGACAAAGAACAAUAAUUGUGACCAAACAACACAAGCCUAUACUGUGUAUUAAGUGUUUAGUUUUUGUUUUUAAGCGACUUUUAAAAUUUGUACGGUGGAUCAACAUGAGGGAUGUUUCAGCAAAUUCGCAGGGGACCAAAAUAAAAAAGUUUCCCUUUUUAAAAUGUAGUGAUAAAUACUCAUCAGCUUUUCAUUGAAAUCAUUUUCCACUGUAUUUUUUGACUGAAGAAAUAGCUAGGAAGCGAGUUCAGGCCAAGAUUAUUGCCAAAACAUGGUGGUUGAUUUGGUCUUUCUGGAUCUGGACUGAGUUGAGUUGAUCUGGUAUGUGGCAGUGUCAUCCCCAUGUCCAUCACUAGCGUUGUGCCAUAUUAUGGAUAACAAACUUGAUAAGAAGCGUCCAAUGACCACUGUUUAAUGUAUGUUCAGGUGAAACUGACAGGAUUUUCCUACGAAGCAGCUUGUCAACCUGUGUCAAAUGGCAAUCUAAUCGUCGUUGAGCUUUACUGUCUUUGGAGUGCUAGGAUUAUACUUGAUUCUACAACUUGAUCUAUAUCCAGUAUUGCAAUAAAGUUAUUUCGCACUCAUUAAAUCCUGAUCCGUUUGAUGAAAGUUCCACGACGAGUCUGCGAUAAGCUAUUUGUAUUUAAGCAUUGACAUGGAUCGCCGUUCAUUGCAGUUGAUGCGUAUUUACCUUGCUAUGUUUUAUGAAGGGAAUUCAGUUUUGAUUUGAUGUCUCUCAAACUCUGAUUAAGGAUGCUAAGCAUCCUAAAUACACUGGCAUUUGAGUUUCUUGAGGGAUAAAUAUUAAGGUACAAAAGGUUGUAUGGAAAUCAAUCAAGUUUCUCGUCUUUCUUUGGUGAGCUUAAAAACGUCCAGUGUGUUUUUCUCGUGUAUGUGUGCCUUUUCAAAAUCUCUCCCGCCCCUGAUUGAGGGACUAUCCUUUUAAUUUGAUACUCAGCUCCACGUUGAAUAAUUUGUACAUUUAUCAUGCAACCUUGAGUGAAUGCUGCAUAGAAUGAUCAGUAUUUGUAUUUUGCACUUUCUAAGCAGUUUUAAAGGAUGCCCUGUUGUAAUUGGGCACACAGACUAAGACUAUUUAAGACGAGGUAUUUUCUGCUACAAUAGGAAUUCUAAGGAACCAUAAUGACUUGUUGGUCUUUUCGAAAAAGUGUAUAGAUGUGAAGUACCUCAUAAGCCUGAUAAAUGCUGCAUAAACUUCAUUUAUUGUUCUUUUGUGAACCUCAUUUUUUCAAACAAUUUCCCCUAUAGGGAGGUUUGAUGCCCACAUGCGGUGCAAGCGCCUUCAGAAUCAUCUGAUUUUACCAGAGCCGCUAUUUAAUAGAUUACCAGUGAUGCACUUCGAAUACAGAUUUUCAGUCAUGAUACGGUAUCACCAAGCCUCUAGCUAUAGCAUUGCUCAGUUGAUCCUAUUGAAUAUGCGGUGACGUCUUGCAGUCAAAAGUUACAGUUGACUCAGGUAUUGCCAUUUAAGGGCUGUAUCUGCUAUUGCCUCUCGUUCCCAAUCCCCUCACCUGUGUCUUAAUGUAGCCUUAGAACUGCAUUUAUGGAUGGAUCAUAAUGAAGAAUACCUGGCCUUAAAAUAUGCACUAUUAAUUACAACAUGCAAGUCACUACAAAUCAGGCCAUACGUUUUUGCCAUUAAAACUACCUCCUGAGAAUGUAGGAGUGUCCUUUAUUAAUAGUACUCUGUUAAUUGACAAUCAUCUCUAUCUCUUUUUUUUUUUUUUUUUUUUUGAGAUUUACAUUCUCAAAGUGUAUUACAAACAAUUAUUUCUGGGACACUAGUUUUUAUUUUUUUUGAAAACCGUGUCCAUGUUAGUCAUGGAAGAGCCAAGCGACCAAAGUUUCUGUUCGAAGGCUUUCUUGCGCUGCCAUGUGGUGUCAAACCUCCCUCUCACAUCAGCAAUUUCUUUCAUUUAACCUUGUGUUUGCUCCUUUAUAACAUGCCAAAUUAAAUUUGCUGUCAUUCCUGUCAUGGUGAAGUCUUUAAUUUCUGAUUCAUGUGUUUGCAUUCACUGCUAAGCUCCUUGUUGUUGUUUCUUGAUAAUGUAAAGUGUGAGCUUUUUUCUUUCUUUCUUUUUUUUUUUUUUUUAUCAAGUAAGAUUACAAACCAAGAUAUGCUGUAAACCCUGCUAAAACAUAAUGUGAAAACGUAUCAUUUAAUAUAGCUCACUUUCGCUUGACUGUGUAUUGCAUCAUUUAAUAAACUUAAUUUCCUCUG